CUCACACGGCUGGUGCCUGAGGGGGCAUCUUUGUGUGUAGACUUGGCCCCGGCACCUCCCUGGAAACCAGGAUCGGCAUCCGGGGCAUAAGGGACUGGAGGGCCCCCGGGGUGUAUGGAGGGGGACAGAGGUACACUACCGGGGGCUGGACGAAGGAGGCGACACGAUGGCGGCGUCUGUGCUGGGCCUGUGGCUGCUGUGGGCGCUGCUGGGGGCCGCCCAGGGCUGCACCGAACCCUGCGCCUGCGUGGACAAGUACGCGCACCAGUUCGCCGACUGUGCGUACAAAGACCUACAGGAGGUGCCGUCAGGGCUCCCUGCCAACGUGACCACGCUUAGCUUGUCUGCCAACAAGAUCACCUCUUUGCGUCAGGGUGCCUUCGCUGAAGUCACGCAGGUCACUUCUCUGUGGCUGGCCCACAAUGAGAUCAGCGCCAUCGAGCCAGGUGCCCUAGCGGUCCUGGUCCAGCUGAAGAACCUGGACAUCAGUCACAACCAGAUCGUUGACUUCCCCUGGGCGGACCUGCGCAACUUAAGCGCCCUGCAGCUGCUCAAGAUGAACAAUAACCGCAUGGCGGCGCUGCCGGCCGACGCCUUCCGCAACCUGCGCGACCUGCGCUCUCUGCGCAUCAAUAACAACCACUUUAGCUUCAUAGCCGAGGGCACGUUCGAUGCGCUCACUUCGCUGUCCCACCUGCAGAUUUACAAUAACCCCUUCGACUGCACCUGCCGCCUUCUGUGGCUCAAGGCGUGGGCGGAGAACACUCUCAUCUCCAUCCCGGAGCGCGAGUCCAUCACGUGCGCCUCGCCUCCAGACCUUAAGGGGGUCCCCCUGGGUAGCCUCCCAGCGCUGCAGUGCGCACCGCCCACCGUGCGCCUUAGUUACCAGCCCAACGUGGAUGGAGCGGAGCUCCAGGAUGGCCUGGCCCUGGCCCUGCACUGCGUCGCCACCGGCCACCCGGUGCCCCAGAUCCAGUGGCGAAUCGAGACGGCCGGCGGUGCGCUGCUCAUCGAGCGACCCAACGCCAACGAGGCCGGGGAGGAGACACCCCUGCUUUCUCCACAGCGCUUCCUAGCCUUCUCCAAUGGCACCUUGCUUAUCCCGCACCUGAGCAAGAAGGAAGAGGGCACCUAUACAUGCCGGGCAAACAACGAGCUGGGCAGCAACGAGACUUCAGUGAGCGUGGCCGUGGCCGGGCCGCAGAAAUACCCCCCGGCCUCCCCCAGAGGUGAGCUCCCGGGCCUAGGUAGCAAAGGCUCAGGAGGAGAUCGCAAAGCGUCUGGCAAAGGAUAUGGCAAUAGCGUUCUGACCUCCAAGAGCGAGGAGAGGACCAAAAGUCGUGGUCCCUGGGGAGGACAGGGCAGGGCAUCAGCUGCACGGACCUCGGGGGUCCCGGAGGAUGUGGAGGUGGAGGCGGAGGCAGAAGAAGAAGAUCCCUUUCGGCCACCGCCAUUUGAGCGGCGCUGUGGCCAAAAGGACCCUACAAUGUACGUGUCCAACCACGCCUUUAACCAGAGCGCCGACCUUAAGCCCCACGCCUUCGACCUGGGCGUGAUCGCACUGGACGUGGCCGAGCGAGAGGCCAAGGUACAGCUGACCCCGUUCGCGGCCAGGCCAGAGAAGCGGCACCUGCGAAUGCUCUACCUGUGCGCCGAGGGCGGCCACGCAGUAGUGCAGUGGUCCCGGAUCGAGGAGGGUGUCAAUUCCUAUUGGUUUCAAGGCCUGAGCCCCGGCACCAACUACUCAGUGUGCCUCACGUACGUAGGCGAGGCCUGCCAGGUGCAAGUCGUGUUCACCACCAAGAAAGAAGUGCCCUCCCUAGUCAUUAUCGUGGUGGUCAGUGUCUUCCUUCUGGCGCUGGCCACCGUGCCUCUGCUGGGGGCCACGUGCUGCCAUCUUCUCUCCAAGUACCAGGGCAAGAACUACAGGCUCAUCAUGAAGGCGCAGAACCCUGACCAGAUGGAGAAGCACAUCGCCGCCGACUUCGACCCCCGUGCUUCCUACCUGGAGUCGGAGAAGAAUUACAGCCCCACAGACUCUGGUCCCGGGGUGGGGGAGGGGACUGGACCCGGGAGCAGGGCUGGGACACGGGGAGGGGAGGAGGACGAGGAUGAUCAGGAAGAGGAAGAGGUGGGCGGAGGACUGGAGAGGGACGAGAGCCUAGUGGCAGGCUCCCUUCCUGAGUCCCAGUCCAAGGCCAACCAGGAGGAGUUUGAGGCUAGCUCGGAGUACAGCGACCGGUUGCCGCUGGGGGCUGAGGCUGUUGAUAUCGCCCAGGAAAUUAAUGGAAACUAUAGGCAGACAGAACGCUGACUUUCUUCUCCCCUCCUCCCCAUCCUUUCCACCUCCUCAAUUCCUGCCCCCAACCUCAGAGAUUGGGAACCAUAAGAAAACGGGGGGGGGGGGGGAGGGAAAAGACACCAUCUAAAGCACUUCACGUUAACAGUAUAAAUAAGAUUGCCCGGGGAUACUGACCUAAAACUCUCGGGCGUGCAGUCGAAUAGCGGGGAAGAGUUCCUCCUUUCUUUCCAUUCGGAUGUCCCCCGUCCACUCCCGGAAGGCUAAGCCCCCCCCCCCAACCCCGGGAGCCCUUCUGAUUGAACCAUUCCUCCCUAUCUCAUUUCUAGCGCUUUCCUUUUGGAGCAGGUGGACUUAUUCCCUAAGGACCUGGGCCCUACACCUUUUGAAUUUUAAAAGAAAAAGAAAAAAAAAUACCUUUCUUUCCUUCCAUGAUUUUGAAGGGAACAAAAACCUAAGUUCCGUGUUCUUUUUCCAUCUCCACCUCAACCCUUUGUAACACAAAGAAACGGAAGGGGGCUUGGAGACUGGGGCAGGUUACAACUCACUACUCCUUUUGAUUUUAAGAUUUGUGUUAUUUUUUAAAAAGGAAAAUCAAGACGCUAUUGGAUCUGGUGCUAACACCCCGCUUCCCAGCCUGAUGGGAAAUAAGGGCCUCUCCAUUCAUUCAUUCAUUCAUUCAUUCCCUGUGUUCCUGUCUCAAUUCCCCGCCCCCACCCCACCCUUGCCCUGGCUCUCUCUCCCUUCUUUCCCUCAAUACCGGGACUCUAUCCGAUCACGUCCCACUCUCCAGAAAUUUGUUAGUUAGCUCCUACUGUGUAUUUCGUUGUAACUGUUUUUGGGUUUCAGGAGGUCUUAGCGCUGGACAGAUCCAGUACCUGCUGAACUCACAGGCCCCAACUCAGGAGACUACUUAAAGGUCCCUGAACUAGGACCGUUGGGAACGGAGAAAAGAACGAGUUUAGAAAGAGUCCCCAAAACACCCCCUCCCCUCUCGCGUCCCUUAACCUGGGAAUCAACUUGAUGUGAAAUAGACUUUGGGUCUCCCAUACUAAGCCCAUAGGAGAAAGGCGAACGAUAGAGGUUAAAGGUCCCUUUACGCAAGUGCAAACGUCUUUGUACUUGUGGUUUGGACUAAUCUUCAACCGUGAGUGCUUUAAAUUUGUUCGGCACAAAAUAUCUGUAUAUAGAAAUGGAUCAAAGACAGAGAAACGAAUCUCAGUUCUUUUGUGGUUCUCGGCGUCCCUCCCCACCCUUCUCCCCCCAUUCCUCCGAAUGGAUGUGAUAUUCCCUACCGAGAACCGUAUUUGAGAAAUGUGUAUUCCUAAACUAGCGUGACUUCUAGAAACAAAAGUAUGUGGUCCUGUUCAUUGUAAACCUGUAGUAUUUAGCAGGGGCUGGGAGGGGGGGAGGGGAGGGAGAGGGGGAGGAGAGGAAUAAGACUGCUGCAGAGACUACCCGGGUCUAACUCAGCCUUGCUAGUCCUCAGCCCCGAAAGCGCUCCCGGGUCUAGCUUUCCUUUCUUUUUUUAAAAGAAAGAAUUGGAUCUCUU